AUGACUGGAGCGAUACUCGCUGAGAUGCUCUACGCUUCGGAUAACGCCUUAAUUGAGUCAGCCCUGCCGGAUUCUGGUACUCUGCGUAGAGCCAAAAAGAAACAGCGGGAGGCAAAGACACUGGCUGUCCGCGUCCUUUCCUCCCUGGUGCUCCUGGGCGCCCUUGCACUCCUUAUUGCUCGCUGUGCCCUUCACAUUGAGAAUAAAAAACGCUCAGGAAUUGCCUCCAGGAGGCUCUCUGACCAUCACUUGCGUUCUCACGACUCGAGUGAGCCCUCCACCUCUUCGCCGUCAAGCGACCCGGAAUUUCAUCUGCCGUCAUAUGAAGAAGCGUGCACCCAUCAGCACGCAAUUAGCGUUGCUGAUGAGGAGACUGAAGGAGGGGAAGGAGAUCGCUUGCCCUCAUAUGAAGAAGCGUGCAGCCAGUCACCCCCAGGUAGCAGUGGCUGUGUGGUGGACAGGCAGCGAGCUUCCUACAGAGUCUCGUACAAUAUCUCGAAGAUAUGCCGAGUGAAGUUCCUCCUCAAGGGCCAAAGGAAUUCGGUGCAGUACUUAUGGGCUUACAUUAUACUUUUAAUAUUUUCCAAGAGAGUCCUCACGAAGGCUGGCCAAAUGCGGGUGUACGUCCCAUUCAGAGAAACAUAA